CACAGGUACACAGACUGAUAUACCUGUAUCGAUGGACAGAGAGACAGACACAGGUACACUGACUGAUUUAUCCAUCUGGAGGAAGCGAUGGACGGAAGCGGAUGGUGGUAAUGCCUCCAUUUUGCCCCUCCCCCCAAUGUCAGCUUGCUCCAGUCCCAGCUUUGAAUGGAGCUGGGCUGACCACCAGUCAGCAAGAUUUUCCGUCCCGUUACUACCCAGCGUCAAGCCGCUGGCUUUCUGCACACCGUCUUGGCCCCUGCAGUUGAGUCCCGUGUCUGGCAGCCCACUGUGUGACAGGGAGGACACCAAUGCGCUGUUGCCUGCAGGGGAAGGUGGAGCUCCGCUGGCGAAUGCUGGUCAUGUGACACACAGGCGUAAGGCCUGCCUUGUCACUCUCACCCUGGCCGGUCAUACAAUCGCUGAUACUCCCCUCAUGAACACCAAUAUUGACGAAAGUUCUUCUGGCCCAGCUUCAGUUGUUACUAACCCUCCGCGCAGCACCGUCUCCCCCGAAGCCCCAUUUACAGCUAACAUCACUGCUGAAACAGAUGAAAAUUCUUCCACCCCAUGUAUUAGUGCCCCUGCUGUUACUCCUGCUUCUGCUCUUUCUGCUCACCAUUCAGAUACAGUUGCCCCUGCACCAUUGAUUAUUGCCCAUCAUACAGACAGUAUUGCCCCGACUCCAGAGAUCAUCGCCAGUGAUACAGAUAUUAUCGUCCCAGCUCCAGCUGCUGCUGCAGCUGAGUCAGCCUCUCUUGUGGCCACAGCCGGUGUAUCCGGUGGGUCUGGUGAUCAUCUGCUCGGUGUUUCAGAGGCUGCUCGCAGCUCUUCCUCAGCAGCAGAUCUGUCUCCUGUUGCCCCUGUUGCCGAGGCGAUGGCUCAACACUGCAUGGCAUUGCCCACAAGUCCAUGCUGCUCAUCACCUGGCACUAUUCUGACCAUCCCUCAGGGGGCCGAUUUGGAAGACCCUGGUGGAAGAGCCAUUCAGCUGUCUACCCCCCCUGCCUGCAUCCUGUCCCAGGGGCUAUGUCCGCUAAUCUCUGCUGCCUCUGCCAUGCUUUCUCAGGGGGAAGAGCAUCACCCCCCCCAAACCCCUUCCUUACCACCAGUGCAGGCAGGGAUGGACUUCCAGGGGGCGAUUGCCACCGCACAGAAGAAUUGCAGUGGACAUUUCGGAUCCGGGGGUGGAAGGAUUGUUGGAGAUGGUGUCCAGGGACUGGAUGCAGAAGAGAACAGGGAAUUUGAGCAGUUUGAGGGCAAUAUUGUAGGCUUCAUCAACUACUUUCUGAAUCCAAACCCAUCUCAAGAAGAGAGCGGCCAUGCUGGGGUAGGGAACAGCAAUGUUACCGGGCACCAGGAAAUGGCACCUAGUGGGUCGAGGAAGAGAGGGAGGCCAAGGAAGAGAGGAAGGCCAAGGACGACGGGGAUGGUCAGGACAGAGGUGGUCAUGGUGGAGGGGGAGCGAGGAAAUCCGUCCUCACUGGAAAGGGGCUGCGGGAGGGAAAGGAUAGAGCUCAGGCCGAAGAAUCCACAGACAGCUGUCAGUAUAAUACCCAGGAGGGACCGGGGGCGAGGCAGGGGGGGCGGCAGGAGUGGGCUCAGAGACAGACAGCAGCCAAUCAAGAUGAGGCUGAAGAAACAACCUGAGGGAGGGGUGUGGGAGAUCGUGGAUGUGAGGGCGCAGGCCUUCGGAGCUCCAAGACGAAGAAGGGGAAGGCCAUGCAAAGGGGCCGUUGGGGGGCGGACACAUACCCAGGACGCAUUUCCAAUCAUAACGAGACAGAGGGGUCAGCCCGGGGUCCACCCCUUCCGAAUGUCCUCUCUUCCCAGUCAGGUUUUCAACGCCCUUGUCUCUCUGCCUGAUCUUGCAGAGCUGUCCACAUUCCCGUCUCCCUUUCUGUCCGGCCGCAGCUGGCACCCCCUGCAGGCCCAGCUCCGAGCUCCGCUGCCCCCACCCUCCCCACAGGCGGCCCCCGAGGAGUCAGCCGAGCAGUUCGAGAAGCUCCUGGAUGAUAUGGUGGGGCUUGUUAUGGGACUCGAUGACAAUGCUGAGGGUCUCUGCGCUGAUGACAGCUCCGCUGGUGGGACUGCCAGCUUCCUGCAGCCCCAUCUAGAUCCCUCUGCCGACCCUCACUUGACGUAUGUGGUCAGCCCUGGAUCUUGUCUUCCUUCAGAGGUUGUUAUAAACACUUCUCCCUGCAAUGUCGCUCCUGCUAUGUCCUCCGAGGGUGAUUUUGCUGUCACGGCUAAUCCAGUAUCCCUGCAGUCUGUCACUGCCACACCCGAUGCAUCUGUCCCCCACACAAAUACUCCUCUUCCUCUUCAUGUCCCACACACAAAUACUCCUCUUCCUCUUCAUGUCCCACACACAAAUACUCCUCUUCCUCUUCAUGUCCCACACACAAAUACUCCUCUUCCUCUUCAUGUCCCCCACACAAAGACUCCUGUUCCUCCUGAUCCACAUCAGGGCACCACCACCGCUUGCAGCCACGGAUGCUGUUCCUCCUCCCUCUGCUCUAUUUGCUCACACCCCCAUGAUGAGGCUGCUCCCUGCAGACAACGUUUGUGGUCUUCCAGCAAUCCUGUCAACUUCUGUUCUGAAUCUGGCAAAGAGUCAAUAGUUGGGCCAAAGGAUUCCCUCCUGUCGUGUUUUUCUCAGGCUGCCAGGGUCACAAUUUCUGGUUUAACUUAUGGUUUGCUGCAGACAGCAGACUCUGUAACGCCAGUGAGGUGCUCCGCUGCGGUUCAGCCCAACCCUCGUUCUGGCAGCAACACAGAAAGAGCGGUUCUGAGCCGCAGUACAGGCUGCAGUCGUGCCACAGACACCUCUCUGUACAGCCCACCUCGGGAGACCACAGCAGCAGUGAAUGAUAUCCUGGAGCACAUCUUGGGGUCAUCUGAAAAUGAGUCUGAAUCACGAUGCGUGAAUGAUGGUGACGAACCUGAGGGGAUUGUGCGGGAGGAUGGAGCUGAAGUCCAGGAGGAAGCAACGACCCCUGAUGUUUUGGGAGAGCAUUCGAGCAAAGACGCACAUGAUGUGAACGGGACAAAGGAUGCAGAUGGUCCCUUAAAAUGUUCAGAGGGUUCUCAGACAAGCCUCCAGGAGCAUGUAACGCCCCUAACAAACAUUCUUUCUCCAGUUCAAAAAGAACUUACUUUGGAACCAGAGCAACCCAUAAAAACCUCCCAGGACACCUCACACAUUCUGGUAGAGUCCCAGAUUUCAUCUUCAGCUAUACACUCCAAACAGCAAAGUUCAAAGGACCUCUCCUGCUGUCCCUCCCCCAGUCCUGAGGGACUACAGAUUCCAAGUUUAAUGACAGAACACCUUCCAGCAGAUUCUUCUCCCAAUAGACUACGGAGUCCAGUCACGAAGCAACUAGUUCCCAUAGACUGUUCUAAAAGACCUACGGGUGUUCCUGGGGACAAGGGACCACCGGAUAACAGGUUGAGGGGCAGAGAGAAGGUAGAUGCAGAUUAUAAGAAGAGGAAAAUUGUGACAAGGAGUCAAACUAAGAAAAAUAGGACUAAGGAAGCUGAGGAUGGCAAAGGACAGACAAGUUCAAACUGGAGAAGACAAUCUGUAAAAAGAGGUUUGCAAUGUUGUAUGCCUGCGUGGGAAAGACAUGCAGACGGGACAGUUGUAAAGCGUUUGAGGCGAUCAGCAAGUUGGGUUGAAGAAAAUUGUGGCAAGUUGCGAGACGGUACAUUUAGGUCUGCAGAAAAGAGGAAGUGGGAAGGACAAGCUGCCGGGGUGAAUCUGAGGAAGGCCAGCACCUCUGUCUACCGCUUGACGAACAGGAGCACUUGGCCUGGGAAAAAGCCUGGAAACUUUGCAAUGAAACGGGAAGCUCGUUACUCAUCAGCAAGGGUGUGUAUCAGCUGCAAUGAGAACUCACCUUUAGACAAACUGGAGAAGUUGGACAGUUAUGUAAACAGGCUGACUAAAGCUAAGACCCUGACAAACAAACCAAUGAGGACUGAGUAUGGUACGAGAAAUCUGACUAGUGUGAGAAAACACAAAGCAGAUGGAGUAGAUAAAGGAGGUCCCUCAAAGAGAGACACUUCAGAAGAAAUGUGUAAACCCCGUCUGAUCGCUCAGGAAGUUAAAAUACCAAGAGAUGCCAGAGCUGAAGCCAGUUCAACACUUGGUAAAUCCACUGUCAGCUGCUGGCAGGCCAAGAGAUACCAAGUUGUGAGUGAACGACAGAAGAUGGGGGAUUUCCAUACAAAUGAAGGCAGACUCCAUACAAGAGGGAGGAAGAGGAGGAUGCAGGAUGCUGUGGAGCUGAAAACCAGACAGGGGCCUCCUGAUAAGCGAAGGGGGGCCAAACCGAUCUGCAGUGUUUGUCUGCAGCAGAGCAGUGUGCCACGGCAGCCUUCACUGGACCUGCUGCAGAAGAGAGCGAAACAAAAGCCCAAUGAGCGGAACUCACUCCUAAGGGGUGGGAAGGCGUACACUAUGAGGGAUGACAGCAGGCUUCUGAACUCCUCGGGGGUUCAAAACGUCAGGGAGCUGAUGCAGCGCAAGAGGAGGGUCAUGGAGUGCAGGGAGAAGGAGAAUCACAGGGAGAGGAGCUCAGGAAAGGAAAAGCAAGAAGAACGAGAGGAUUGUGAGGAUGGUGGUGCAACCCGUGAUGAGCAGGAUUGCGUGAACGGAGAAGAAGUGACUGUGCAAGGUGGCAAGUGCCAUGGGCAGAUCUUGGAAAGCAGGGCCGAGAAUGCAAGAGACAGAGAGACCAAGAAUAAAGAGGUUCCUACAGAACAUGGCGGUGGAGGAACUGGACCGAGUGGGAUGGACAGAGUGGAUAAACCAGAGGCUGAUCGACCAAAAGGGCAGUGUGAACACAAUCAAGAAACGACAUCUAAUGGGACUGAAAUACAAGACAUGUCAAAGGGAAACUCCAUAAUAUCAGGAUUGGCCGUGCCUUCCCAAAGGCCGCACAACGUCACCAGGGCUUCAGUGGGAUGUUUGGAGUCGGAGGACGAGGUAGACGUGGAGGUUGACGUAGAGGUUGACGUGGAGGUUGAUGUGUUGGAUUGCUCCAGCCCCAUCCGUGUUUCAUCUGAUGCACUACACUGGAGCACAGCACAAGGGUCAAGUGAUGCAGAGGAAGAUGAUGAGGGAGAGGAGGUUGAUGUGACUGGCGAAGAAUCUGAGUAAAGCCUUAUUUUCAACCCCACAUAACAAACACCUCUUUGUCUCUCCUCCAAACUCUCUCAAGUGAGCAUGACAAACGCCUGCCACAGAAAGUGUGUGCCCCCGCACUACAAAGAAGCGGAGCUGUCCAAGGGCGAGGCCGUCUGCCUGGACCGCUGUGUGGCCAAGUACCUGGAGCUACACGAGCGGCUGGGCCGCAAACUGAC